AUGCCUCAGGCAUUUCUUUCACUGUACAAGAACUGUCAACUGGCCGCGUUUUUGCCCGAAGGAACCAACGAAGCGGCUCUUUAUACCUACGAAAAGAUUGAUGGGGCUCUUUAUGCGAUCACUUAUACAAUUUCUUUGACGAGUAGCCUUAUUCAGGAGAAAAGGCAAAUAUUUAUUGAUUUUUCAACUUUUUGAUGACUUUUUUAUCACGUGCAAUAUAAACUUUCAUAUUGCAGUAGAGAACUGAUCCCUGGCUCACCGCAACAUGUGGUUUGGAAUGCUAGAUUGCAAAGAAUUGGAGUCAUUUACCAAAACGGAAAUGGGUAUCAAAAUUUAAAAAGUCAUUUUUUUGACUGCACAGUGCAAAAAAAGUUUGAUUUUUUCACUGCACAGUGCAAAAAGGCAUAAUUUUUUGUUUGCAUAGUGCAAAAAAACCUUUAUUUUUUGAUUGGCCAUGGCAAAAAAGUCUGGUUUUUUGAUUGCACAGUGCAAAAGAGACCGAUUUUAAGACUGCACAGUGCAAACAGUUUGCUUUUUUUGACUGCACAGUGCAAGAAAACCUUGAUUUUUACUGCACAGUGAAAAAGAAGUUUCAUUUUUUGAUUGCACAGUGCAAAAAAGUUUGAUUUUUUGACCGCACAGUGCAAAAAAGCUCCAUUUUUUCGACUGCAAAGUGCAAUGAAAAAUUCGGGACAAAUACUGAGAAUUUUGCACCGUGCGGAUAAUCUAUUGUAUACCGUUCCGUAUGGUAUACAAUAGAUUUGUGCACUGUGCAGAUUAAAUAUUUGUUUGGCUGCACAGUGCAUUAUUCCUGUGCAUUCCUCUGCACUGGGCGAUUUGAUUUUUUGUCGCGAUUUUUUUGCACUGUGCAUCAUCAAAUUUUUUCGACUGCACUGUGCGCCCCGCAAAACUUUGGUAAUUUAUUUUUCAGCUCAAAAAUCGCGCUUGAUGACAUGUCUUUGGGGGUGGAAGACAAUAUUCGACCGGAUAAUAUUGUAAUCACCCCGGAUUUCACCGAUUUCAUCCUCCAAACAUCGGUUUUACGGCAGUUUCCAGGUGAAAAUAAGACCCAAUUUGUCGGGAAUUUUGACUCGAAUGGAGUUAGAUUCUCAUAUCAAAGGCAUUUGGACGUGUUAUAUGUGUUUACCGCCGAGAAAUGCAAUCAAAUUUUUGAUUACUCAACACUCGUAAGGAUAAAAAAAAAUUUUUUCUUUAAUUUUGAUAUUGGCAUUACCAAAAAAAAUUUUUUAGAAAGAGGUAAAGGACAGCGACCUAAUUCCCUGUACGCCAAAUGAGGGGAUUUUCCAGCCAGGCCCUUCCGAUGCAGUUUAUGAUUUUGUAAGUCCAAAUUGUCAGCUUUUUUGAUAUUUUUUUCGGUUUCUUUUGCGUAUCUCACCAAGGAUUGUGCUCAACAAGAGUGGACAAAUCUCCAGAAUUACUCUGCGGCUUAUUUUCGGUUCAAAGUAAGCUAUUCUACAACAUUUUCAUAUUGAAUUUCGAUUGCACAGUGCAAAAAAAAAUUUCUUCUGCACGGUGCGAAAAAGAAUUUUUUUGCCCAGUGCGGACUUUUUUCUAUUUUUUUUUGUUUUGCACUGUGCAGUUUCUUUUUCUAACUGUCAGUUUUUACUGCACGGUGCGAGUUGACAUUUUUUUUAUUUCUUUUGCAAUGUGCGAGAAAGAAAUUUUUUUGCACAGUGCGGACCUUUCUCUAUCUUUUUUUUGGCUUUGCACUGUGCGAUUUUUUUCUGACUGUCAAUGUUUACCGCACGGUGCAAGUAAAACUUUAUUCACUCCUUUUGCACUGUGCGAGAAAGCAAAAUUUUCCCGCACCGUGCGAAUUUUUUGUCACUGCACAGUGCAAAUAGAAGAAAAUUGCUUCCCCAUUUGUCCGCACGGUGCAUAAAAGAGUCAUUCUUGUCUUUUGCACAGUGCGGAAUUUUUUUUUUGCACGUACAGUGGCGGACUUGAUUCAGUGGCAAAAAAAUGUUCCAUUUUGUAUCCAGGAAGUAUCAAAAAAGCAGCAAAAUACCUCCCUCUCUAAGUUAAAAAACUCCGAUUUCAAAAGCGCCCCCGCGGGGCAAAAAGAGCGGGGCCCUGCUCUUUUUGUGAGGGAAAGCCGCUCUUCAAAAAGGAGUUUUUUCACUUGGAGAGGGAGGUAUUUUGCUGCUUUUUUAUACUUCCUGAAUACAAAAUGGAACAUUUUUUUGCCACUGGGUCCAGACUGUACGUGCAAAAAAAUACAAAAAAAAUCAAAAAAAAAUGUUUAAUUAUAUUGAACUCGACUCUUUUUACAAACUUUUUGUACUGCAAUUAGCGUUGAUCUGUCCUAAUUUUAGCAAGAAAACACCGGAGAUUCCGAUCCAUACAUUCCGGCGGGAUUGGAAAGACCAAGUGAACUUCGAAUUAUAACCUCCCUGGCUGUUGCAAAUGGCAUCCUUGUCAUUUCCAUUACAGCAUUGCUCGGAUUAUUUUUGUAUUAUCAGUUCAAGAAAACGCAGAAGGAGAAAACAUAUGUAAAUUGAGCCAAAAGUUCAUGAAAUAAUAUAAAUUUAGAUGAUGACAGUAACUGAAAGAACUGAGCUAGAUGGGAAUACGGUGGAAUCUCGUCUUACUGUAGUCAAAACUGCGUUUUCCCCAAUGAAUAUGACAAAGGAUACUACGACCGUUGUCUCCAGAGCUAUUCCAGUGGUAAGCAAGUUUUUGCACUGUGCGGAAAAAGCUAUUCAAAAAAGGGGAAUGUUUACACCGUGCGGUUGACAAUCGCGUUCCUCGCACUGUGCGGAGAAAAACGAGUUUCAAUUGCACUGUGCGGAUUGUUUUUGAAUUCAAAUUUUCGCACAGUGCGAUGGAACCAAAAGUUCGGUUGCACUGUGCAAUGGAACCGAAACUUCGAUUGCACAGUGCGAUGGAACCGAAACUUCGAUUGCACAGUGCGAUGGAACCGAAACUUCGAUUGCACUGUGCGAUGGAACCGAAAGUUCGAUUGCACUGUGCAGUGGAACAAAAAGUUCGAUUGCACAGUGCAACGGAACAGAAAGUUCAAUUGCACUGUGCAAUGGAACCGAAACUUCGAUUGCACAGUGCAAUGGAACCAAAAGUUCGAUUGCACUGUGCAGUGGAACAAAAAGUUCGAUUGCACAGUGCGAUGGAACCGAAAGUUCGAUUGCACAGUGCAACGGAACAGAAAGUUCUAUUGCACCGUGCAAGUCCUUCUCUGAAAGGCACCUGAAUUGCACUGUGCAGAUGGAACAUCCCCUUUGACCGCACAGUGCAACGAAAGAAAAAUUUUCAUUGCACCGUGCGGAAUUUUUCUCCGCCAAAAAUUUUUGCACUGUGCAACACAUUUUAUUUUUUCCCGGAAACUUUUGUCGAAUUGCAUUUAGAAUAGAGUAUUCAACCAAAAAUUAUCAUUUCAGGACACAGUCGUCGAACUUCUCAAUUCCGACGAGCUCAACAAAAUAUUCGAGAAGAAUGAGGUCGAAGGCCUCGAGGCGGAGCGUCCCAACAAACCCCUGGAUGGCCUGGCGAAACCGGACGAAGGCUUCUUCACGACCUUCAAGAAGGUCGGAGUCACCUUGCCGGCUAGAAUUUUCACAACAACGUUUGGAGAAUUCGAUUUGAAUUUGAACGAAGAGCCCUGCACAGUGCAAUACGAGGAUAUGGGAUGCAAAUUGAAUCGGAUUGAUGUAAGAGCGGCUUAGAAUGAGUGAUAUUGCGUUUCAGGCGAUCGCCGCGGUCAUGAGACAAGCGCAAAAGUAUCAGAAAAACGGGACCAUUCAAGAAUUUAUCAGUACCGCGCAUUUGGAUCAAUUCAAUAUACGAUUGAUGGUGGUGAAAAAGGUAAAGUAAGGGGUUUUGAGUUAGGUCGAGCAUUUUAGGCAGAUAUACAGUGGCGGACCUGAUCCAGUGGCAAAAAACGUACCAUUCUGCAUCCGGAAGUAUCAAAAAUGUGGCAAAAUACCUCCCGCUCCAAGUGAAAAAAAACUCAAAUUUUAAACGCGCGCCUUCAAACCGGAGUUUGUUCACUUGGAGAGGGAGGUAUUUUGCUACAUUUUUGAUACUUUCCGGAUGCAAAAUGGAACGUUUUUUGCCAUUGGAUCAGGUCCACCACUGUAGCCCGGAUCGGUUGAAACAAAUAAAUAUACCACUUUUAACGGCAUACUGCCAACUAUUUAUAUUAUUUUAACCAUCAAAAAGUGAUUUUUUAGUCAACCAAACUUUUUCGUAUAAAAUGUCACCUGACUUUGAAAACGGGGAAAUUUCGUACUGUGGUGACCAAUAUAUCAUGAUGAAAACCUAGAGGGUCCAAAGACACUAGAAAACUAACGAACUCUACAAAAUUUCCCAUCUAAACCGUCAAUUUAUAUUACUUUGCCCAUCAAAAAACAAUUAUUUUCAGCUCGGCCCAUCGAUCGAAAAACAAGUUCUCAGUGGUACUUUAAGCUCGGGAGAGAAGCUAAAACUAGUCGCCGAGACUUUUAAAUGCAUGGAAGACCUUCAAGUAUCCAAUAUUGUCCAUCGAGACAUCAAACCGUCAAGUUUUCGCUACGAAUUUGAUGGCGCAAAAAUCUUCGUCACUAAUCUUGGACUGGCCCGAAUCCCCCUCCCGACUCCGAGAAAAAACGUGCCAUUCUUUGGAAGUUUAAUCUUUGCCAGUCCGGCCAGCCAUCUAAAGUUGGAGAGGAGUCAUUUCGACGACAUGAUCUCGUGGUUUUUUGUUAUUCUUUGGAUUUUCAAUCAAAACGCUUUGAUUUGGAAGGAUGAAACUGAUGUAAGCCGGUGUUUUAGGACUUCUAGUUUCCCAAAAUCGAAUCUCAAAGAUUGAAUUUGCCUUUUUGGACACAUUUAAGCCUUUGUUUUUAGAAAACCAAGAUUUACCGGCUCAAACGUGACCUCCUGAAUAAAACAAAUGUCGAAAAGCAUCUAAAAAAGCACGUGGAAAAUAAGAAAGCUAGAGAAUUGCUCCGCCAAGUGCAUGAGUUGAUCGUGGAACUGCCCGACAUGAAGAAGAUUUCCUAUCGAAAGAUCAAACAGCUCUUUUUGCAGAAUAGCAAGGAGAAAUCUAACCCUUCUUAA